CAUGUAAUGACUUUGGUCAACAACUCAUCAAGGAUAUGUCAGCGCUGUUGGUUCGCCUCCUGCCAACAUCUUUGCCCCUCUUCCUCGCUCCUCUCUUGCUCGCUGGUUCACUCGCUCGCUCGCUUACUGCGGCUGCGGUUGGAGCUCAGCGGGCAUACAAAAGCACUUAACUCGUUAGCGGUUAACGCUAUAUUGGCCAACACGGCAGCCGCCAUUCAUCGAUUCACCGACUCAUUCAGCCAACCAGUCAAAGAGUUAAGCACAACAGAGCCAAGGACUUCGCAGGUGUCCUUACCACAGCAACAGCAGCAGCAUCUACUUGAGAGCAGCACCUGAUUUGCAAUUGAUUGAUUGAUUGAUGAUUAAACGUUUGGUGGCUGCCACAAAUCUUAGC